AUGGCUUGGAAGGUGUCCACGCGCGCCUCCGCGAACAUCCCUGACGCGGAACAACGUCUCGGUAACCCCAACAUUGCCCUCAAACCAUUAUUAUAUUGGACACGCAAGGCGCUCUGGGUGCUCAACGCCACGGUGUCGUCGGUGGAGGGUCGCGGGGGUGCGGGCGGGGCAUGCGAGCCCGCGCCCUCGCCCGCGCCCGACGCGGAGGCGCCUGUCCGCCACCGCCGCCGCCACCGCCCGCUCUACCGCCGGCUCUUCCACUAUUUCCGCUCCGCGUGGACCGGCGUCAAAUUUGCUCUAGGUCUCACCGAGCAGUCAGAAAAUUCGGAACUCGAGGAGUUGGGUGAGCAGCUGCCGCGGUACCGGCCGGACUCGAUCGCGGCGCUGCGGCGCGCGACGCGCUUCACGGAGCCCGAGCUCAAACGGCUGUACCGAGGGUUCAAGGCAGAGUGCCCCACCGGCGUGGUGCGGGAGGACACCUUCAAGAUUAUAUACGCGCAGUUCUUCCCGCAGGGAGCAAACACAGCCCAGUAUGCACACUACGUGUUCAAUACACUCGACCAAGAUAGAAGUGGCCUGUUAAGUUUUGAGGAGUUUGUGACUGGGUUAUCGAUAUUAUCGAGGGGGACGCUAGAAGAGAAACUUCGAUGGACAUUCUCGCUGUACGACAUAAACGGCGACGGGUGCAUAACUAAAGAAGAGAUGACAGAAAUCGUGGGAGCUGUCUAUGACCUUAUGGGGAAGAUUGUGGAGCCGACGGUAGAUGAUGACGUAGUGCGUGAUAAAGUCGAAAGGCUAUUUCAGAAGAUGGACCUGAACCGGGACGGAGUUCUCACGCUGGACGAAUUCCUGGACUGCUGCAUCAGAGACGAAGAGAUCUCACGAUCCAUGGGUGUCUUCGACAGCAAUUUCUGACGGCCCGUUGAAGUGCGCGCGCUCCUACGCCGCGCCACACCGCCCAAUCCGAGACGAGAAAAUAAUGUCACAUAAAUUAUUUUACAUAACCGACGCACUAUACAUACGAGGAACUUGGGGUUGAUGUGAGUACGAUUGGUGAUAUGAUUGUGGAAAGAUCAGACAUUUUGUGCCGACCUCAGAUAAUGGGACAAGAUAAAGCACGUUUGAAUGUGAACCUUACCAAGGCACCUAUUUGAUAUUUUCAAUGGUCAAUACUUCUCCCUUAUUAAUGUGAGAGUUAACUUUUAAGGUGUACGUAUAAUGAGGUUGUAACAAAAACAAUAUUAAGGAUAGAGCAAAAAGUACUUAAUUACGAUAUGUGAUUAUACGUAAUUUUUUGCUUUUCGAUACGUUUCUCGUCGUAGGUGCAUGAUGUUAUAAAGUCGUUAUGGAUUUGGUGCAGUGGAUAUUAUAUGUUUAAGUCGUCACUUUUGUAUAAAGUUAAUAUGUUAGUGCUUUAUUACAUUUACUUGAAUGAGAAUCAGACCAAUGUAUUAGUGUAUGUAAAUUUUGCAUGUAAGCCAUUGAUGAUGUAGAAGUGACUCGCGAAAAACCCUUUAAUAUUUCCGGUAACGAUAGGUAGGUAUCAGAUAACGUGACAAUCGCUUAUCUACUUAUCCCAUUCUUUCUCUAUGAGCGACUAAGUGUAAAACAUUAAGAUAUCGCUGGGUAUUUGCCGCGUUAUCUCAGAAUCUUCGAAGUUUUCUAUAUUUCAUUUGCCUGUAGAAAAGAAAGAUUGAAUAAGUAGUUAGGUAGGUAUAAAAUUUGCCUUACACUCUGGGCGCAAAAAUACUUAUGGCUAUUGAUAAACUCUUGUAACUGUUCUUGCCAGCUUAAGGCGUUAUGCUGGCGCUAGUGUGCAGCUAAUAGCGCUCAAGUACAGUCCGCGCCCCGACAGUCGGUAACUGCAACAACGUGGCCAAUCUGUUAUUGAUUGUUCCACUUUGUCACGGGACUUUCGUAGCGCAGACUAGCUUCGGUUUCAAUCUAAUUCUAUUAUAGCGGGUAGUCUGUAUCCAAACAUAGAUCAACUUUUAUAAUAGUCCCUAAUUGCAUGUUUCCUGAGAUAUUAGAUUCUUUCUAAGUAGAACCAUACAGAGAUAAUGGUUAAACUUAAGCUAAUUAUUAUUUUCUUCGUAUUUUACUCGCAUACUACUCUUCUUAAGGAGCACGUCUACUUUUUAUUAUACUCGUACUUACUCUUACUUUCAGUGAUAUAAAAAUAGGUACAGAUUAGGUAUAUGUACAUUAUACAAAUUAUUUAGAUACUUACCUACUUAGGUAUCGAUUUAUUUCCCUCUUCUUGCCUCUAAGGAGAUUUAUAGAUAUUAGCUAAAUAAAUAAAAACGAGUUUAUGAGUGCUACAUUUGGCUUAUUCUGCUGGGGAUUUUUUGACAAUUUGUUCCAGAAUUCCCUUUAGAUUACUUUUGUUAAAUUUUGACUAAAUAUCAUCUAUAUUCAUAAUAAAUGACCAAUAAAUAUUUAAUGUAUUUUUUAAUUUUAAAAAGGUUUUAAAAUUUGAACACAUACACUUACAUUAAUGGCACCAAUGGCCAAUGACCACAGUAUCUAUGUCCGUAUGUAAAAAUAAUGCGAAGGGAAAUAUAAUUUAAGAGGAAUUCUGGAACAAACUGUCCUGUAUCCCCUUCUGUAUAUGCGAAGAGGAUAAUUAUGGAUACCAAAAUCCUUCAAGAAUUUCCUUCAAGAUAAGCCGUUCCUUUCCUGUCAAAUUAUGAUAAUUAGACGUACGAUUGAAAACUGCAUUGUGAAAAAAUACCUUUUAUCUAGUAUGUACUUAAAUAAAUAUUGCUAUUCCUCUUUUCUAUCACCUUUACUUAGUUCAUGUCUAAAUCUUCGUGCAAAAUUCUUCUCUCUUGACUCUUCUUCAUUUUGAAUUGUUCCGGCCAUUUUUUAUAGAAUGUUUAGAAUAUAAUAUUUAUUUAGGGGGUUUAUAGUGUACCUACCAUUUAGGAUUUGUACUUAUUUGAAUGUUUUAGGGAUAAUUAAAGGCGACAUUGCUAUAUUUUUUUUCCUGCUUUUAAUAUAAUCAUAUUUACAAAACAGCUAUAAAAAUGAUAAUAUUCAGCAUUAUAUCGGAUGGCCUAAAAUGGUUGUUGGUUGUCAAGUCGAUAACAAGUAAAACAUAAAAAACACUGCCAUAAUUUUUACAUAUUUAAAUCAUCAUCAAACACUACAUAAAAUGGUAAAUUAUAUCUCUAUACUAACUUAACGGAGGGAAAUCAAAUUAUUUAUGUUUCGUCGGUGGUGACAAUAAAUAAAAUUGAAAAUGAAAAUAUUUUUGAAAAAGAAAGUACCUAAGUACUAUGUGAACCGAGUUUAUUUUAUUUUAAUGUAAAAUAUUUUUUAUAUAAAUAAAAUAUGAUAUGUAUUUAUGAAACUCCUAAAUAUUCUCUUAUACAUAUAGAAGUUGCAACUCACGUCAAUAUAAGUAGGAUCUAUUUUCUAAGAUAUUAUCAAAAUAUAAAUGUAAAUACUGUUGUAAAUAAAUUAAAAGUACCUAGUUAUAUAGACUUAUUGUGUAUAUUUUCAUAGUGAAUGUUAAAUGGAACCAAGUAAAUAGAUGGCGUACUAAAAUCUUAUAGAAAUAAACAAUUUGAUGAAUGUCACCAAUAUGUAUUUAAAAUAAAAAAUACAUACCUAUGAUGUGAUGAAAAUUCAGAUAAAACGAUUGUAUUUGAUGGUAUUUGAUUCGACUAAGAAUCGGAGCAUAAUUUUAACCAAAUCCAAAGUUUUAGAUGCCUAUCAAUAGACAUUUUGUUAUAAAGUAAGCAUCAUUAUUGGUCGAGCUUAAAUAGAUAAGAAUUUUAUGUGUCUUCCUGAACAGGUAAACUGUUCCAAUAUUGGGUUUCACCACCAACUUUCAGUACGAUUUUAUUUUACUCCUGUAUUAUAUCCAAAAUAAUGCAUAACUCCUCUCGGCCCCACCCAACUGCCGUCACCUCUACCUUGAAUAACGAUUUCUCCUACAGUAAUAUUAUUCAACUUGGUUACUAUCUCCGGUUCAUUAACCUGCAAAUCUUAAUUUUACUAAGUACUUAUGAUUUAAGUAAGCAAAAAGUUAGGUAUAUCAAAGUUUUCAUCAAAGGUCUUUCUGUCAUCUAGCUGCAAUCACUGAUUCAAGUCACUGCACUUGCACUGCGCGUGCGCAUAGGUAUGAAUAUAUGACAUAGCUAUGAGACUGGCUGAGAGGAAGUUUAAUUUACGAAAAUAUAUAAACUUAUUUGUUGUAAGUGACAUCAUAAAAUAAAGUCUUAUGAAAUGAAAAUAAAUGUUGAAAAUUCAAAGUAUUUACAUUAUUGUCUAUUCUAAUAAUCUAGGCGGGUACUAUACCUACAGAAUUUUAAUCUAGAUAAAUUGGUUACUUUUUGGCGUCAUAAUUCUAUUUAUUGUUAAUAAAUACAUAUUAAAUUAAUUUGUUUGUACAAAGUAAUAAGUAAAACAAAGGUGUCCUAGUGCCAAAAUACUUAUAUAUACAUAUAAAUAAUAUUUUAUGCCGCUUCUUAUGUAUUUCUUAUCAUAAUUAUUGUAAUUUAGUAGCCAACAAUGUUGUUUUAUGUUACAUGAUGGUUACAUGGUAAUGGUGUCGAUGUGUAUUAAAUUAUUCAGCGUAUUAAUAGGCCUAUUAGGAGAAUUAAUUAACAAUACUUAUCGAUUUUGUCUAAAGUUCUAAUCUAAAGUCUACAGGUACUCGAUGUUAGUUACUUUAGCAUAGUAUUCUUUGGUCCUAUAGGACAUAAAUUGCAUGCAACUUUAUUUAGAUCUACGCUUAUUUUUUCCCCUCUCGGUAGGUGCACAAGUACCUACUCAGUUCACAUAGAAUACAGAACAUGUUUGUUUUCGUAAUAAUAAUGCAAUCAAAACCAAUUCUGAAAAUCAAGCUUUGUAUCGACCUAUGAAAAUGUAGUUUAUAUUUCAACAUUGAACAGAACUUUAAAAACAGAAUAUCUGUUCUAUCUACAAAGCAAAAAUAAGCAAAUCCACAUUAUGCAGGUUGUAUUGUUUAAAAAUUUAUCGAUUUCCAAAGUACAAAUUAUCCAUAUUAUAAAUUGCAAAAUUGGUCUUUUUUCGUUCUGGAGAUGAUCUACAUAUCAAUCAUUCAUUAUUCAAAUCAUCGAAAUACUCUCCAAAUUAAUAAUUUAAAAUCUUUAUUGUGUAUUCCAUUGUUAAAAUAAGCAAAUUUAAUUUAUAUAUAUGUUUAACUGUGCACAUUAAUUUCAUUCCCUACUUUAUGAAAUGUAAGUUUUAAAAUAUGUUUGUACUAUAAUAGUAUGGUACACAAACGUGCAUGAUAUGUGGUCGAUAAACAUUAUUUAGAGACGAAUAACUGAAUGUUAAAAUGUUUAUUUACAAAUCGUAAUUAUGUGUAUUUUAUAGAAAAAUAAAGAAAUGAAAAUAAA